CUCGGGAUUCCGGCCCGAGGGCUUCUUCCGCCGCUCCCGGAAGUUGCGCUAGCUGCGUGGGUAACGGGUCCGGGCUGCGGCGGCUCCGGCGGCGCUGUGAUGGACCUAGAGGAGGCGAAAGAGUUUAAGGAGCGCUGUACUCAGUGUGCUGCUGUCUCUUGGGGUAUUACUGAUGAAGGCAAAUAUUAUUGCACUUCUUGCCAUAAUGUUACAGAGAGAUCUAAGGAAGUUAUAAACACUGAAGAUAUUCCUAAUAGCAAGAUAAAAGCCAUCAACCGGGGUCUUAAAAGAAAAAAAAAGCUUGAAAAAGGCUGGGAUUGGUAUGUGUGUGAAGGUUUUCAGUACAUACUUUAUCAACAAGCAGAAGCCUUAAAGAGCCUUGGAGUAGGCCCAGAGUUAAAGAAUGAAGUUUUACAUAAUUUUUGGAAGCGCUACCUUCAGAAGAGCAAACAGGCAUAUUGUGAGAAACCAAUUUAUACCACUAGAAAGAAAGCUAUGGUAGUAGAAGAUAAUCUAAGUCAUUUGGACUGUAGUAGUGAGCCUGAGCUGCUAAGUGAUGUUAGCUAUUCUUUUGUUGAAAGUGGAGCAGAGUCACAAUCUGACAUCUUCAGUCAAAAGUCUUUCCCCGUCAGCAGCAGAGCAUCACAACCAGAAAUGGUGGCGUCUGUCUGUUCUGGAUCUCUUGAUGGAGUGGAAUACUCACAACGAAAGGAGAAGGGAACUGUGAAGAUGUCUGUGCCAAGGACACUUGCUCUCUGCUAUCUGUCGUUACUGUGGCAGAGAGAGGCAAUAACACUUUCAGAUCUCUUGAGAUUUGUUGAAGAGGACCAUAUUCCUUACGUAAAUGCUUUUCAGCAUUUUCCAGAAGAGAUGAAAUUAUAUGGGCGUGACAAAAGAAUCUUUGCUGUAGAGUCUUGGCCUGACUAUGAAGAUAUCCAUAAAAAAACAAUUGAAAUUGCCACAUUUUUAGAUUUGCCUCAUUUUCCAGACAUAACUGAAGACUGCUAUCUUCAUCCCAACAUCUUGUGUAUGAAAUACUUAAUGGAAGUCAAUCUCCCUGAUGAAAUGCACGGUUUAGCCUGCCAAGUGAUAAAAAUGACUGGAAUAGGAGAAGUGGAUUUUCUGACAUUUGAUCCCAUAGCUAAAAUGGCAAAAACUGUUAAAUAUGAUGUGCAAGCUGUAGCUAUCAUUGUAGUAGUAUUGAAACUGCUGUUUUUAUUGGAUGACAAUUUUGAAUGGUCUUUGUCUAAUCUUGCUGAAAAAUAUAAUAAAAAGAACAAAAAAGAUAAGCCAUGGUUUGAUUUCAGAAAGUGGUACCAAGUUAUGAAGAAAACCGUUGAUGAGAAAAAACAUAAAUGGGAGGAAGCAAGGGCAAAGUACAUGUGGAAAAGUGAAAAGCCACUCUACUACUCAUUCAUCGACAAACCAGUAGUAUAUAAAAGAAGAGACAUGGUGGUGAAUCUACAAAAACAAUUUAGCACACUGGUUGAUUGGACACCAACUGUUGAAAAAAAACGCCCCUCAAGUUUUCAGUUCAACUGGACUGAAGAAGACACUGAUAGAACUUGUUUCCAUGGACACAGCCUCCAGGGAGUCCUGAAGGAGAAAGGCCAGUCACUGCUAACCAAGAAUUCAUCAUAUUGGCUUAGUACACAGAAAUUCUGUAAAGGCUAUUGUAAACAUUUGACAACCUAUGAAGAAUCAAAUUUUUCUCUGAGUUACCAGUUUAUACUAAAUCUCUUCUCCUUCCUGCUAAGAAUAAAGACCUCCUUACUCCAUGAAGAAGUGAGCUUAAUUGAAAGGAAACUUUUUAAAAACAAAUACAGUAAAACAAAAAAGAAAUCCAGAAGAUCCAGGAAAGCAAGAAGGCAUUGAGAAAAAUGAAAUAGAAACUUUUUUGGAAAAAUACUUUAAUAGUGGUAAUAAUGUCAAAUUGUAAUAUGACUUCCAAAGAAUUGUGGAAAAUAUAAUUUUAUUGCAUAUAGAUACACAUUCAUAUGCAUACACAUAUGUAUGUAUCAAUGUACUUAUAAAAAUUUAUAUUAUAAAACAGGUGAACUUUGUAUUUUUCAAAUUAUGAAUAUUCUUUGAGAAAGUUAAAACAAUAAAUUAUAUAAUAUCUAGAAAUUAGUAUUUAUUGUAUUUUAAAGCUAAAUUUACUUUUUAAACUAAAUCACUUCGUUACUCUUUAUACCCCAAGUUAAAUUCCAGAUCAAAGAUCUAAACACUAUAAUCUUUUAUAUAUAAUAUAUAAAAGUAUUAGAAGAAAACAAGUAUGAAUGCUUUGAU